ACACUGUGGACUGUGGAUUCUUGGUCAAUCCUUCUCGGGCCGCGGAAAAGGAAAGAACACGAAAACCGAACCGAGUGUCGACAUUUUUUUUGAAUUCAGAAAAGUCCGUUGAUAUCACACAAAAUAUCCACGAGCGGUUGUUUCGUAUCGAACAAAAAAUCACUUAGUAAUAAAAAAUAUUUUUUUUUAAAUAAGAAAACACUUUCGCGAAUACCUCGAGGACCAGAACUCUGAAAUAUCCAUGACUAUAUCAAUAUAAGCCAAAGAAUUUUUUUACGUGCCGUGUCAACAGUGUACGUGUGCCUGACCCAAACCAAAGCGAAACGGAAUCCCCAGCACCCAGCACCGAGGACCCAACACCCACCAGAGAAACCAAAAUGAUCAGCACAACGGAUUACCCUCUAGCAGAGACAGCCACAGCGGCAGCAACAAGCGACGAGCUGUACGCGGAGUUCAUCUCCGCCCCGGCGAGCAGCAUGAGUCCCGAGGCCAUUGCGGAGCACAUGCAGCAGAACCGGAUCACCUUCGAGAUACCCAGCGCCCACGAUCUGCGGCACAUCGACGCCCUCAACUCGUUCAACGCCUUGCUCCAGCGGAUCGGCAAUGCCGCGGUCUCCUACGACGCCGCACCACCCUCCGGGUGGGCGCACGAAGGCAGCAUCAGCACCGAGCAGCUCUCCAAGUCGGUGGUGCUGGACUUGGCCGACCUGCGUGAUCGGGCCGAGGACAGCGGCGAGUCGGCGGGCUGGUGGGGCCAGAUCUUCGGCGACGCCGAUAUGCAUGUGAUAAUUAACUAUCUGUGGAUCGGCGUGGUCAGCUCCCUGGUGGUGCUAUCCCUGGUCUUCAUCCUGUUCAGCUGUUACUUCUACCGCAAGUUCCGCACAUGGAAGAAAUGCAAUAAGGAUAUGCGUGCACAGAUCCAUGCCGCCAACGAUUCCUAUUCCUCGCACGGAGCAGGCUCUCCUGGUCACCUGGUCAGCUGCGAUGCCAGCCGCCUGCUCCUCCAGCAGCCGCAGCAGCCAUCAGCUGGGAACAACAAUGAGGCGGCGUUCUACCAAAUCGAAUCCCCACCCUGCUAUACAAUUGCCACCGGGUUGCCCAGCUACGACGAGGCCCUGCAUCACCAGCCUCGUCACUUUGCCUACGGCAUGAAGUUUGUGUACCCCAGUCUGGCAGCUGUGCAUCAUCAUCACCAUCAUCCACGCACCGCCCGCACACCCAUUUGGGAGAAGGACGAGCUGCAGCAGCAGCAGCAUCACCAACUGAAUAAGCUGCAAAAGUGCAAACUGUCAGCAGCAGCAGCAGCAGCCGCGGAGGAGGACAAAGCCUGCAUCUCCAUCUCCGUCUCUGGCUCCGAAUCGGCCACAGCCAUGCCUGCCAUUUGCAUUAACAUGCCGGAUGAGCAGGUCCGGGAGGAGCAGCAGCAGGAGCAGGAGCAGGAGCAGGAGCAUGCCGAGCCGGAGCAGAGGGAUCUGGCUGUGGUGCCGGCACAAAGUUUACUGCCGGCGGCUGCUGCUGACGAUGAUUGCGCCACAUUGGUUGUUGUUGUUGCCGCGUGA